UGCUAGUACCGCCUCUUCCGCGUUCUCCGCCGAGCGUCCUGCAGGUGGGGUGCGCGCCGGCGGCCCCGCGGGAAGUCCGCUGAGGUAUGAUAAAGCAGACGCCGAUGAGGAACUGAAGAAGGCCUGCCACAUACAGAGGCCAUUGAAAUACUUCCUGGAGCUGGAAGACAGCCGCCCCCCUGACAGGAGCAUUAUUGCAUGUGGAGUUUUAAAUUUACAGAGGAUUCACUUUGCAAAGUUGGGCAGACCUAUAGAGUCCUGUAGACGUGCAUCGGCUCUAAUCAAUCUUCCUGAGCAGACUUUGCCAUCCAUUUCUCUGAGCGCGUUCCGCUGGGGUCCUCUGAGAAGCGAGUGGGCCUUCCCCUCGAUGGGCAAAGAGCCAGCUUCCAUUUCGAAAUCUCUCGGAAAAAAAAAAAAAAAAUCCAGCAACCCAGAGCCUGUGUUUAUUGAAGAGAUGGGCAGCAGUGAACCCGUUCCCAUUGCAGAAAGUGACAAGAGGAGAAGGAAGAAGCGGAAGGCCCGGGCCACCGACUCCUUGCCGGGGAAGUUUGAAGAUAUGUACAAGCUGACCUCGGAACUGCUCGGAGAGGGAGCCUAUGCCAAAGUUCAAGGUGCCGUGAGCCUGCAGAAUGGCAAGGAGUAUGCUGUCAAAAUCAUCGAAAAACAAUCAGGACACAGUCGGAGUAGGGUGUUUCGAGAGGUGGAGACGCUCUAUCAGUGUCAAGGAAACAAGAACAUUUUGGAGCUGAUUGAGUUCUUUGAAGAUGACACAAGGUUUUACUUGGUCUUUGAGAAAUUGCAAGGAGGCUCCAUCCUGGCCCACAUCCAGAGGCAGAAGCACUUCAAUGAGCGAGAAGCCAGCCGAGUGGUGCGGGAUGUUGCCGCUGCCCUUGAUUUCCUGCACACCAAGGGCAUUGCUCACCGCGAUCUGAAGCCAGAAAAUAUAUUGUGUGAAUCUCCAGAAAAGGUGUCUCCGGUGAAAAUCUGUGACUUUGACUUGGGCAGUGGGGUGAAACUGAACAACUCCUGCACCCCCAUAACCACACCAGAGCUGACGACUCCAUGCGGCUCUGCAGAAUACAUGGCCCCCGAGGUGGUAGAGGUCUUCACGGACGAGGCCACCUUUUACGACAAGCGCUGUGACCUGUGGAGCCUGGGCGUGGUCCUCUACAUCAUGCUGAGCGGCUACCCGCCCUUCGUGGGUCACUGCGGGGCCGACUGCGGCUGGGACCGGGGAGAGGUCUGCCCGGUGUGCCAGAACAAGCUGUUUGAGAGCAUCCAGGAAGGCAAGUAUGAGUUUCCGGACAAGGACUGGGCACACAUCUCCAGCGAGGCCAAAGACCUCAUCUCCAAGCUCCUGGUUCGAGACGCAAAGCAGAGACUGAGCGCUGCCCAAGUCCUGCAGCAUCCGUGGGUUCAAGGGCAAGCUCCAGAAAGGGGACUCCCCACGCCGCAAGUCCUCCAGAGAAAUAGCAGCACAAUGGACCUGACGCUCUUCGCAGCCGAGGCCAUCGCCCUGAACCGCCAGCUGUCUCAGCACGAGGAGAAUGAACUGGCAAAGGAGUCAGAGGCGCUGGCCGAGGGCCUCUGCUCUGUGAAGCUUUCCCCUCCCUCCAAGUCACGCCUGGCCCGCCGGAGGGCACUGGCCCAGGCAGGCCGCAGUGGAGACACACAGUCAUGCCCAACAGCACCCACAGGGCUCUGACCUGCUCCCAGCCCCAGGCCUUGCCCCCCUGGAAACCUGUGAGGGGCUUGCUCCGCGGCUCUGUCUAGGCCUCUUCAUCCAGGAAGGCUCAGAGGUUUCCCAGCCCAACCCCCCCUUUCCCCAGAGUCAUCAAGGAAAAAGCUUUUUCCAAAGGGGUUGUCUUUGAAAAGGAAAGCAAUCACUUGUCACUUUGCAUAAUCGCCUACGGCAGGGACGUCUCUUUGCUGGGCUCCUGCCCACCUGCUCACCCGCCUGCGGAUCCAGGAUCCAGCCCCCUCUCGCUGGCUGGCAGUGGUGGCGGCUGAGACUGUGGCCUUCAGGGAGCCAGCCUGGAGAAGCGUCAGUUGACAAAGGCUCUUCCUUCUCUCUGCACCGUCACCCCGCCUCUGGCGGUCCUUCCACCUUCCUCUGUCCUCCGGACGUCCUCCCCCUCGGCUGAGUGAAGCCAUCCCCUCAAUUCAGGGAAGGGCAGGGAGGCUUCUGCAUCCCGAAGCCAGAUCCGUCUUCCAGUCGAGAGCGCAGAGAAGCACGUAAUCUUUCUUUGCCGUGACCGAAAUGUGUCCCUCAUUUAUCAUCCUCUUCCUUGUUUGGGAGUGCUGCUAAAGUCAGUAUUAUUUCGUUUUUAAAAGCAUUUGGGGUUUUUUUUGUUUUUUUUUAAACUGUGCUCUUCCAGCAGAGAUGGAACUUUAAACCCCCACUGUGAGCCCAUGGACUUUCCAGAACUCUCACAGCUCCCUCUCUCCUGAAUGUCCACACAUUUGAAAGGUUUUAAUCCGCUAUUUCCUAUUACUCUGACUGGUUUUAAACUGUUCAGAUGAUGAGCGACUUAGAGACCGCAUGUGUCUGUUGCUCUGUCCCUCAGGCCUGGGACUGUGAGAAGGAGCUCUGCCUGAUGUGGAGCCAGGCCGGAGGCUGCCCGCCGCCCUGGUCUGAGCCACGUGCUGCCGGGAGCACGAAGGCACAUCUGCCAUCAGGCGGCUGAGCCGCUGGUUACCUAAGAAAAUCAAUUUUUUGCAUAUAUCAGACACUUACACAACACGAGGAUGCUAUUAUACAUUGCGCUUGUCUUAAUAAAACUCUUAGAUUCCA